AUCAUUAAAUUUUAAAUUUUAUUAUUUAAAUAUUUAUCCGGUUCAUAUAAAAAUCUGCUUAACUUUUUGUUUUAGGUAAUAUUUUAGAUAAUACUUUCUUUACAAUCAAAAUUAUAUUUUUUCUUGAUAUUUUUGGCAAUAUCUGGUAAAUGAUAAAAAUUCGUUACUGUGAUAAUUUCAAACAGAACUGUUUUAAAAUUUUUUAGUUAUAUUCACUUUAGUUGAUUCUCUACGAUACUUCCAUUGAAGAAUUAUUACUAAUGAUUAUUUCAGUUAUUUAGAGCUACAGAAUGUCUAUUUGUUUGAAAUGUCAUCCUCAUUUCUGUCCCUUUGACAGCCCAGCAUGUCCAGAAAAGUGUAAAUGUAUCUGCAAACGAAUCAAGUCUAAUUGUGUUUCUGUUACGGCUCAACAAGCAUUGAAUAUACCGGAACUGCAUUCCAAAAGAUCUAGAACAGGAACUUCUUUAGAAUGUCUGAGCACUAGAGAACGUGUAUUUGGAAUACCUUAUGAUCCAAGAAAAGAUUUGGACAUUCCAGUUCCAGAUAGAGAUGUAAAUGAGUAUCUUAAGUAUAACUUCGAUAACAUGGAGAGUGAAAUCUUAAAGGAUUACGUAAAAGGCACUUGUUGCUUAAACACUUGCACUUGUUCAAGAGGGCCUGAAUGUCGUUGCCAUUUAAUGAAAGAUAAGAAGCACUAA